AUGGCUUCUUCUGCUUCUGCCCCCGCGGCGGAACCGCGCAAGUAUGAGUGGCUUGUGGUUGUGCCAGAUGUGCCGGGGAGUUUGGCGAAGAGGCUGGAGGUUCGGCCGCAACAUUUCGCCGGUCUGAGCAAGAUGAAGGAGAGCGGCCUUUUCAAGAUGGGUGGCGCCGUGCUGGAGGACAUGCCUGCUGAUGACGAGGUCUCGAGCAUGAAGUUUGCGGGCAGCACGGUCAUAGUCGUUGCAGAGAGCCGGCAGGCGGUGAUUGAUCUGCUCAAGGACGACGUCUAUGUUUCGUCUGGGGUGUGGGAUCUGGAGAAGGCUAUGAUCUGGCCGGCCAAGAUUGCUUUCCGGCUUCCUUAA